UAAAAAGUCAGUCCAGAUGGAAAGUGUUAUUCCAUGGCCCUUUAUACCUCCCCUUUACACACCGGAGAGAAAAAGUCUCCGUACGGCGCAUGCGCCGCGCCCACCAAGUGUUGUGCGCAACAGCUGCCGUAGGCAUUUCCACAUCCGCGCAAACUGCGGAGAAGUCUGCGGCUCGGACUUGACUCUGCUUUUCGCCUACCCAAUCCCGGGAGCCAUGGCGGUCACGCGCGCGCCGGCACCCAGCAGGCCAGGCCCCGCCCAUCACACACGUACUCCCACGAGCCCGGCCUUUGCCGCCCCAUCUCCGGAGAAACUCCCGAGGAGCAGCCUGCGACUGCGCAGUGGAGCCGGUGGGCGGGGCGGGGAAAUGCGGUUGCCGGGAUGUGGGGCAGCCCCACAGGCUGGGAGCUGGACCGGAGAUUAGGAGGCGCCGCGUUGUAGCGGGCCCUGGCCGGGAAGGCCGGCUCCCUUCCCUCAGCCAUCGAAAAUAAACUUUGCUGCUCUUUUCGGGGCGUUCUCGGGUCCGUCUCCCGGCGGCGCCGCUGUCGGUGAAGAGCUUUCGUGCGUCAGGGCUUCCCUCCUUCCCUCCGCCGGUGCGGGGCCUCGGCGCCAUGGACGCCACGGCGCUGGAGCGGGACGCCGUGCAGUUCGCCCGGCUGGCGGUGCAGCGCGACCAGGAAGGUCGCUAUUCCGAGGCGGUGUUUUACUACAAGGAAGCUGCACAAGCCUUAAUUUAUGCUGAGAUGGCAGGAUCAGGCCUAGAACAUAUUCAAGAAAAAAUAAAUGAGUACCUGGAAAGAGUUCAGGCUUUGUAUUCAGCAGUUCAGUCAAAGAGUGCUGGUCCUUUGAAAUCAAAACAUCAGUUGGACUUAGAACGUGCUCAUUUCCUUGUUACUCAAGCUUUUGAUGAAGAUGAAAAAGGGAAUGUUGAAGAUGCUAUAGAAUUGUAUACUGAAGCCGUAGAUCUCUGUCUGAAAACCUCUUAUGAAACUGCUGAUAAAACUCUGCAAAAUAAACUGAAACAGUUGGCUCGACAGGCACUAGAUAGAGCGGAAGCAUUGAGUGAGCCUUUAACAAAACCAUUAUGCAAAAUCAAGUCAACAAAUAUCAAACCAAAGCCACCUCCAACGAGAGCACAUUUUCCACUAGGGACUAGUCCUUUCCUUGAAAGACCUCAACCCUUUAUAAGUCCACAGUCAUGUGAUGCACAAGGACAGAGAUAUACAGCAGAAGAAAUAGAAGUUCUCAGGACAACAUCAAAAAUAAAUGGUAUAGAAUAUGUUCCUUUCAUGAGUAUUGAUCUGAGGGAACGUUUUGCCUAUCCAAUGCCUUUCUGCGAUAGAUGGGGCAAGCUACCAUUAUCACCUAAACAAAAAGCUACAUUUUCCAAAUGGGUACGACCAGAAGACCUCACCAACAAUCCUACAAUGAUUUAUACUGUGUCCAGUUUUAGCAUAAAGCAGACAAUAGUAUCAGAUUGUUCCUUUGUGGCAUCACUGGCUAUCAGUGCAGCUUAUGAAAGACGAUUUAAUAAGAAGUUGAUUACCAGCAUAAUUUACCCUCAGAAUAAGGAUGGUGAGCCAGAAUACAAUCCAUGUGGAAAGUAUAUGGUAAAACUUCACCUCAAUGGUGUCCCAAGAAAGGUGAUAAUUGAUGAUCAAUUACCUGUUGAUCAUAAGGGAGAAUUGCUCUGUUCUUAUUCUAACAACAAAAGUGAAUUAUGGGUUUCUCUCAUAGAAAAAGCAUAUAUGAAGGUCAUGGGAGGAUAUGAUUUCCCAGGAUCCAAUUCAAAUAUUGAUCUUCAUGCACUGACUGGGUGGAUACCAGAAAGGAUAGCUAUGCAUUCAGAUAGCCAAACUUUCAGUAAGGAUAAUUCUUUCAGAAUGCUUUAUCAAAGGUUUCACAAAGGGGAUGUCCUCAUCACUGCAUCAACCGGAAUGAUGACUGAAGCUGAAGGAGAGAAGUGGGGUCUGGUUCCCACACAUGCAUAUGCUGUUUUGGAUAUUAGAGAGUUAAAGGGGCUGCGAUUUAUCCAACUGAAAAAUCCUUGGAGUCAUUUACGUUGGAAAGGAAGAUACAGUGAAAAUGAUGUAAAAAACUGGACCCCAGAGUUACAAAAAUAUUUAAACUUUGAUCCUCGAACAGCUCAGAAAAUAGACAAUGGAAUAUUUUGGAUUUCAUGGGAUGAUCUCUGUCAGUAUUAUGAUGUGAUUUAUUUGAGUUGGAAUCCAGGUCUUUUUAAAGAAUCAACAUGUAUUCACAGGAUGAUUUUGCAAAUAAUCGAGAAUUUAUCACAAUGGUUGUAUACAAGACUGAUGGGAAAAAAGUUUAUUACCCAGGUAUAUUCAGCCUGCAGCUUUACUUUUUCAAAGAUUCCUUCACCGUACAUCUUAUCAAAACAGAUUAAUGGAAAGUGGAGUGGCCAGAGUGCUGGAGGAUGUGGAAAUUUCCAAGAAACUCACAAAAAUAACCCCAUCUACCAAUUCCAUAUAGAAAAGACCGGGCCAUUACUGAUUGAGCUAAGAGGACCAAGGCAAUAUAGUGUUGGAUUUGAGGUUGUAACAGUGUCCACGGUGGGAGAUCCCGGUCCCCAUGGCUUUCAGAGGAAGUCUAGCGGUGACUAUAGGUGUGGGUUUUGCUACCUGGAAUUAGAAAAUAUACCUGCGGGGAUCUACAAUAUCAUUCCUAGUACUUUUUUGCCUAAACAAGAAGGACCUUUUUUCUUGGACUUCAAUAGUAUUAUCCCCAUCAAGACAACACAACUUCAGUGAUGCAGCUUUCAAGCAUUUACUGGAUUCUCUACUUACCAGACAUCAGCUCUUCGAAUGAGGACGGAAAUCCUCAGGACCCUAAACAGAAUUAAAUCUCUAAAAAGGUUACAGUGGGAUCUGGUGCUCAAGUCAGAGUGUUUAGACGUGUAUAUAGUCAGAAUUACCCUAAAUCACUCAGAAGUACUAUUUACACAGUUUUGUGUGUAUAAGGAGUUGGUGUGCAUUGAGGGGCCACACUGUAUAAACAGAUUGUGGAGGAUUAAAGGCGAUGCUCAGUACAAAGCCUUUGCUACAAGAAAGAGAAUAGAGACCAGAUAGGGGACAUGACUCAUCCACUCACUGGGUGCAACAGUAGGCUGGUAUAAUAUUCUGAAGUAUUUAUAUUUGUCUUUUGGCAGAGCAUGUUGUAAGUUAAACCUGCUUGUGUUGUGACUCUACUGUAUGUCUUGGGCAGCUAAUUACCAAAUGAAUCAUGUCACCAUAACAGAUUUUAAUUGUGUUAUUUAUGAUUUUUAAUGUUUGUUGCCCAGAUGUUAUAAAAGAAUAAAGCUUUAAGAAAUAUUUUAACUUAGUUAACAAUGAAGGUUGUUGGACUUAGGUACCUGUCUCCCAUUAACUCAUGUAAAGAGAACUGAGAUAUAUUCACUAUUGCAAUUCUUAUUUUUUAUCAGGCUUAAUGAAGGUAGUAAUCUGAGACACUGAAGAAAGACAUUAGAGUUUCGUUUGUUUAGUCUUUUAAAAAUUGCUCUUCUGGUAACACUGAAAAAAAAAAAUACCAUAUAUUAAAUUUUCAGAUGUAAUUGGGGUUGUAUUUGGAGAAACUGCCAUGUAUAAAUUCCUAGUUUACAUAGAAAUCCAUGAGAGCAGAAUGAUGCUCAGGAUUUUAAACGUCCAAAAAUAAGGUGGAAUUUUUCAUUGUCUCUACUUUAUAAUUACCACAACUUUUGUAUUUCUACUACUUUUAUUUGAAAUAAAAAUCUUUAUACUUAUGGAAAC